UUUCCCACCACCCUUUUUGUAUUCUACAGUAUAUUCAUAUUCUCACAACAACAACAACAACAACAACCAAAAAACACAAACAUGCUUUUCUAUUCGAUUCUCUUGUCUCAUUUCACGCUGAUUCUUGUCACUGUUUUCUUACUUUUCACUUCUUCAUAUGCUUCUGAUUCUUCCUCCUUCACUGUUUCCACCUUCUCCUACCCUCAAACCACUCUUGGACCCUACGGUUCCAGCUAUAUCAGAGUUGAUAUACCGCCAUGGUUUUCUGCAGUCUCCAUAAUAUUGACUUCUGAUGUAGACCUUGAUGUUGCAAGAAUUGAAAGGGUUCCAAAACGUUCGCUGCCGAUAAUUUGCUUUAGAGAUGGAAGUCCUCCUCUACCUGAUGCUUUAAACACAUCUCUGAAAUUAUCAACUGUCUCAGGAAUCAAUGGUAUUGAUAUGGAACAGUGUUUUCCUAUGGAGAAAAAUAUCACUAUGAAGUUAACUAAUGAGUUGGUAUCUCCAGGUGCUUGGUACAUUGGUGUUUUUAAUGGCUUUGGAGAUGCGAGAACACAAUCAAGGAUGAUUAUUCGAGGUCCGUCGUACUCCUUUAGUGCCAAUAUAAGUGUGGAAGCUUGCACAAAUUCGUUGAUGAGUGGGGAGUUCUGUAACAUUACUGUCAAUCCACUUUCAUGCACAGCAUCCGACGUCUAUAAUUCUUUGAAAUCUACAGUAAAGAAACCAUCGAUUGAAAAUGCGAUGACCUGCAAAAGUAACUUCGAAACUUUGUGUGCCGAGGAAGGUGUACCAAACUUAUACUACUUGGAUAUAACAAGCGCGGUAGAAGAAUUGACCAUUAUGGCCGGAAAUAUCAAACUCAAUAUUACAUCUUCAAGUAACGCUUCUGGUGUGAGUGAUGUUAAGUUAUUGUGUUUUGCUCGCCACGGCGCAGUGCCUACAAAUAGUUUGUACGAUUAUUCCAGUGAUUUAAAUAAAUCCGCUCUGGUUAUUCAUUCUCCACUGAUCGGUCGUUGGUACAUUAGUCUUUUACCGGUAAAUCUUACAAAAAAAGUUGGAGAUACUCAUCAUGACGGUGAUGUAAAAGUUUGUUAUUCCCUUGAAUCACAAAUGCUUCAGUGCCCAUUUGGAAAAGCUGGACCGAAUUGUACAAUGAGUAGCUACACACUUCAGACAGUUCUAACAAGAGGUCCAACCCCGUUUGAAUCAUAUUAUUUGCCUAUUGGUGAAGGAGCGUCUUCUGCAAAAUUUCCUCUUGAGCCACUUUUAAACAACUCAUCAAAAUUCGGAGAAACUGACGAAACUUGGAUUUACUUUACUCUCGACAUUCCUCAUGGUGCAGCUGGCCGAAAUAUUCACGUACAUCUAUCCUCAAAUACAAAGAUCAGUUACGAAGUUUAUGCAAGACUAGGCGGAUUGCCAUCUGUUGAUAUCCGGGACUAUUAUUAUGUUAACAAAACAACGAAAAGCGAUCAAUCCGUGUUUUUCAUGCUAUAUGAUUCAAGCGACAAAAAUAUUGAUUUUUACUUAAUUUAUGCUAGAGAAGGAACUUGGAGUUUUGGUCUAAGACAUGUUACUACUAGCGGUGAUUCUUUGAAGCAGAAAACUGUCAUGUCUAUUUCACUUGAAGGAUGUCCAAACCAAUGCUCCUCUCAUGGAGACUGUAAACCUGCGUUCGAUGCUACCGGAUUGACGUCAUACAGCUUCUGUGAAUGUGAUCGAAACCAUGGUGGCUUUGACUGUAGCAUCGAAAUUGUAUCACAUAAAGGGCACAUACUUCAAUCAAUUUUUCUGAUUGGAUCAAAUGCUGCAGCCCUACUUCCUGCAUAUCGGUCGCUUCGUCAGAAGGCAUUUGCAGAAUGGAUUUUAUUCACAUCCAGCGGAAUUGCAAGUGGAAUAUAUCAUGCAUGCGACGUAGGCACCUGGUGUGCAUUGAACUUCGGCGUUCUACAGUUUAUGGACUUCUGGCUCUCUUUCAUGGCGGUGAUUAGCACUUUCGUAUACCUAGCUACCAUCGACGACGUACAUAAGCGGGCGAUCCACACCGCGGUUUCUAUCUUUACUGCUCUCAUAGCCGUAACUAACGCAACCAGGUCUUCUAAUGUUGUCUAUGUGAUUGUGAUCGGGGUUCUUGGUCUUCUUAUUGGAUGGUUGAUAGAAAUGUCAUCAAAAUAUAGAUCUUCUUCCUUUUCAUUCGAAGUCUCUUCAAAUUUCCAUCAAAGUUUGUUAACUAUAAAGCUAUGGUUAUAUAAUCUCGUGAAGGCACUUAUUAGACGGUUCCGUUGGGGUUUUAUAUUGGCCGGACUCGCCGCAUUAAUCAUGGCAGGAAUAGGCUGGAUACUUGAAACAAGUGAGACCUAUUGGAUCUGGCAUAGCUUUUGGCAUGUUGCAAUAUACACCUCUUCUUUCUUUUUCCUCUGUUCAAAAGCAAAUAUUGGUGAUGCUGAGAAUCAGCCACUGCCACCUAGAAGUGAAAACUAUGAACUAGCUCGUCAGGAUUCAUUUUCAAGAGAGUAAUUAGUACAACAUUAUAUAGUUUGACUGAUUUAGUUCAUACACACCGACCGACAGACGUUGGUGUAAAGGUUUAUUUAUACUGUCAGGUAAUCAUAACUGUCGUAUCAUUAAGAAUGUUGGACUUCAGACCUAAUUAUUUCUGAAGUCAUACAUAUGAUUUGAUUAUGAUUUGUUAAUGGUGUAAAAUUUUUUAAUCCUUAGGAUAUAAUAUUACAUUUUUUUUCUUCUUAAGUCUCUAUGGGAUAAGGUAGGAGAGUGAAUGAAUAAAAAAGAAGGCAUAAAUUUAGUCAUCAUAGUAUAAAAUGAAGAGCUGAUUAGGUUUGCUUUGAAUAUUUAUUAUGUAAUUAUAAUUUAGAAUAUUAAUAGCCCGUGAACUGUAUUAUAUGAAGAGAUAUAUUAGUCAAAGCAAAUCAACAUAACUUGAUUAUUCUUGUUAUUUAUUUAUUUAUUCAUUUGAAUGAUGGUCUUGUUAUUUAGUUUGGUUGACCUCUAUACAUUAUAUCCCUCUCCCUCUCAAGUAUACAUCUCUAUCAAAAAUGCUGUUUUAUUUAAUAAAGAAUAUGUUUGAGAGAGAUAUUGUACCUACAAGCACAUAGAUUUAGAUUUAGGUAAGUUAAUGGUCUGCUUGUGGCACAUGGUGUGCGUCUUUUGCCCUGAGUAGAGAUUCACUCCAUUUCCUAAAAAGAAAUGGAGGUUCAUUACUAUAAUUUUGGGUGCAUAAAGUUAAAUAAAUAAUAAAUGUAUGUCACAUGUUUUAAAAAUACGUGUAAUAUACACAUAAAACUAUAGUAAUAGACCCUCCAUUUUUACCUUUGCCUUCUACUCCUUUGCCUUGUCAUCUCGGUGUCGAUUAUUCUCAGUUUGGCUACUCGCUGGGUUCAUCAACCCUUUCUUUCUUUCUAUUUAUUCAGCCCAACAACUUUUCUUCACAAUUAUUAUAUGGUUAACCUCUUGUGAGUAGAUCGUGCUCCUGACACCAUCCAACUCUAGUUUUUUCAU